AUGUGCGAUCUAAGGGCCGGCGAGGCGUCUCGUUUUGAGACGGGGUUUUACUCCCAAGACAAAUGCAGCCGGAAUGAGUUUCAGUGCCGGGAUGGGAAAUGCAUCUCCAGAGGGUGGAUUUGUGAUGGCCGCCCCGAGUGUCCCGACGGCUCCGAUGAAUCCCAGGAGACCUGCACAUCUAUCACCUGCAAAGCCAGUGACUUCAAUUGCGGAGGCCUUGUCAACCACUGCAUCCCUCAGUCCUGGAGAUGUGACGGCCAGAAGGACUGCGAGAAUGGCUCGGACGAGCAGGGCUGCGCGCCCAGGACCUGCGCGGCCGAGGAGUUCCGCUGCGCCGACGGCAGGUGCAUCUCGCGGCGCUUCGUGUGCGACGGGGACCGCGACUGCGCGGACGGGACUAACGAGUGUGCGGACAACAAUGGGGGCUGUUCUCAUGACUGCCGGGACCUCAAGAUCGGCCACCAGUGCCUGUGUCCUGAUGGCUUCCGGCUAGUGGAGCAGCGCAGAUGUGAAGAUAUUGAUGAGUGUCAGGAGCCGGACAUGUGCAGCCAGCGAUGUGUGAACCUGGAGGGCAGCUACAAAUGCGAGUGCGAGACGGGCUUCCAGAUGGACCCCCGCACCAAAACCUGCAAGGCGGUGGGCUCCAUCGCCUACCUGUUCUUCACCAACCGUCAUGAGGUGAGGAUGAUGGCGCUGGACCACAGCGAGUACAUCAGCCUCAUCCCCAACUUGAAGAACGUGGUCGCUCUGGACACUGAGGUAGCCAACAACAGAAUUUACUGGUCUGACAUCUCCCAAAAGAAGAUCUACAGCACCCAGAUCGACCACGCCCCCAGCGCGUCCUACGACACCAUCAUCCACACCGACCUCAAGGCCCCGGAUGGACUGGCUGUGGACUGGAUCCACGGCCACAUCUACUGGACCGAUUCCAUCCUGGGCACCGUGUCCGUGGCCGACACCAGGGGCACCAAGAGGAAGACGCUGGUGCAGAAGAGCGGCUCCAAGCCGCGGGCCAUCGUGGUGGACCCGGUGCACGGCUUUAUGUACUGGACAGACUGGGGUACCCCGGCCAAGAUCGAGAAAGGAGGCCUGAACGGCGUGGAUGUGUACUCGCUGGUGACAGAAGACAUCCAGUGGCCCAAUGGCAUCACCCUGGAUCUUGCCAGUGGCCGCCUCUAUUGGGUCGAUUCCAAACUCCACUCCAUCUCCAGCAUCGACGUCAAUGGAGGUAAUCGAAAGGUCAUCUUAGAAGAUGAGAAGCAACUGGCCCACCCCUUCUCCUUGGCCAUCUUUGAGGAAAAGGUAUUUUGGACAGAUAUCAUCAAGGAAGCCAUUUUCAGUGCCAAUCGCCUCACUGGCUCUGAUGUCAAUUUAAUGGCCGAAAACCUCUUCUCCCCAGAAGAUAUUGUCUUGUUCCACAAUAUCACACAGCCGAGAGGAGUAAACUGGUGUGAGAAGACAGCUCUCCCCAAUGGUGGCUGCGAGUACCUGUGUCUACCCGCCCCUCAGAUCAACCCACACUCCCCGAAGUUCACCUGUGCCUGUCCGGAUGGCAUACUGCUGGCCCAGGACAUGAGGAGCUGCCGGCCAGAGGCUGAGCCUAUACCGAGCACCCAGAGGCCAACCACCACCAGACCUGCGGUCGGCACUACAACAGGGAUCCCGAGGCACCCAGACACCCCGCCACCUUCCGGCACUUCCUGGAGCCCUGCAACCACAGCUGCGCUCACCUCUGCACAGUCCUUCACCACCUCCUCUCAAGGUCAGGGCGAUGCUGCGGGCAGAGGGCCGGCGGAGCAGCGGCAGGGCGUGGGGGCCCUGUCCAUCGUGCUCCCCAUCGCCCUGCUCGUCCUCAUCUGCUUCGUGGCCUUCCUGGUGUGGAAGAACUGGCGCUUGAAGAAUAUAAACAGCAUCAACUUUGACAACCCCGUGUACCAGAAGACGACGGAGGAUGAGGUCCACAUCUGCCGGAGCCAGGACGGCUACACCUACCCCUCGAGACAGAUGGUCAGCCUGGAGGAAGACCUGGUGUGACCGGCGGCGGAGGCCUGGCCCUCCCUGGAACGUGGUGCCUCUCGUGGACAGGAUGUGAACUUUCUCCCCGGCGGGUUGCCCAGUGCCCGGCCUGAGUCCCGGCUUUCUUGAAUCCUUCAAAGACGCCGCGAGCCGCCUGUCUGCUGGAGCUGUUUUAUUUAUUAUUUUCCUUUUGCCUGGAAGGCAAAGCAGGCCCAGCGCCCGGCGGCCACCCUGCCAGGUUGCCUGCUGGGACUUGUGUCUUUCUUGCCUCACAAAAAGGAGCUAGGAUAUCUCGGCGAGUUUCUGGAAGAUUCGGCCCUUUCCUGCACAGGAAACAGGGCAAUGUGAGCAGAGAGAAAGAGAGAGUGAGCUGGUGGCUUUGAACAUGUGACCCCUGUCCACCUGCCGCCGCCGCCACCUGAACUCAGACGUGCUUGUGUUUACCUCUUGCCCGGCGAGGCUCGCUGCAGUCAGUCCCGGCCCUGUCACCCCGCCACCCAGCACAUCAGCCUCAGGUUGCAGAAAGCAGGGAAGUGACUGUGUGGCAUUGGGGUCCGGGGGGCCCUGGGGCCCCCGCUGACUGAUUCCGGUUCAUUCAUUCGCCAAAACUUGUCAUCCUCCUCCUCCCCCCACUGCCCCAACCCACGGGAAGAGCCUGAGUCAUGGGUGGCCUUUAAUAUUUACAAAGUGCCUGAGAUCCCGGAACCUCGCUCCCUCCCUCCCUCCCACCCUCCCUCCCUCCCUCUCCCCUUCCUGCUGCCCACCUCCCACCUCAGCUAGUUGCACUUUUUCUGUUUGGGCCUGGACACUGUGUGGAGUGGACCUGGUAUCCUGACCUUGCACUGUUUUUGUCGAGCGUGGCUCAGGUACCCCAAUUUCCUUUUUUCCAUGUGUGACUGCGUGGGCGUGUGUGUGCGCACGCGUGCGCGUGUGUGUGCGUGUGCGUGUUUCCUGGCGUGCUGGGGUGGAACCCAGGGCCUCUUGCAUACUUGGCAGGUGCCCUGCCCCCAGCCAUACCCCCAGCCCCUCUCCUUUGCCUUUCUUUCGUCGUUGUUUCUGGGGAGGGGGUGUGGGGUUUGAACUCAGGGCCUUGGACUUGCCAGACAGGCGUUCUCACUUGAGCCACACCCCUUUUGGCUCCCAUCCAUGUUGGACUAGGAUUUUGCAUUUACGUCUCCUCCGCGUGGACUGCGAUCCUCCUAUUUACGUUUCUUGUAUAGCUCGGAUGCCGGGACACAGCACGCACCCAGGUUUGUCGUGGUUGAAGAGGGGUCUUUGUACCUGGGCUGGAGCUUGGACCAUUCUUGAUCUGUGUCCCAAGUAGAUUGGCUUACAGGUGUAAGCUACUGCACUUUUGUGUGUGUGUAUGCCAGUCCUGGGACUUGAACUCAGGCCCAGGCGC